AUGGCUCCAGUUCUUCGAGUGCUGCUACGACAAGGUCGAAGAAGUUUUUCCUCUAGAGACCCUACAGAAAGGCACGGAUCCACUAGUACUCUUUCAGAAACUAGUAUUAAGGCUCAACUUUCAAUGGUCAUUGGAGUUGGUCACCGAGAUCGAAGAGGCGACCCCUUGAGAGAACAGGGGAAAACGAAGGGAAAGGGGAGAGCUUAGAAGGGGGCCCCUUCCGUUCAGAGUCAGGGAUCAUUGAAGGCUGAGCUUUAAUAGUAGUAAUCUUUAUUUAAGAAAGAAGGUAAGAAGAUUCCGUACUUUUCCUGCAAGGAACUUCUACAGUCGAAGAAGUUUAAGAAAGAAGGCGACAUCGUUUCUUGAGGAGGAAAAACGUCUUCGACGUUUCUUGAUUUAAGAAAGAAAGUCGAAGAAGUUUUUCCUCUAGAGACCCUACAGAUAUCGAGUUCCUAGGGUAGAAAACGGGAUGAAAGGCAUGGUAAAUUUGAGCCACAGGAGGUCGUGGAUUCAAUAAAGGGUCCCUUUUACGUGAGUCACAGGAACAUUCGGAGAUACUCUAGAGGACCUAAUUUGUUUCUAAGUCGCCACACUACUAGAUCGCCA